AAAUUGAUCUUAUCGUGAAGAACUCAUCUAUAGAUCAUCAUAUGUGUAUGCAUAUGUUCGUUACAGAUAUUAUUAAUUAAGGAUCCUUUAAAGAUGACAAUCUAGCUAGCUAGGCUAAUCAUGCUUCCAUGAGAUCAUGUAGCUAGCUCGAACCAAACCCACCAAUAUAGGAUGUGAAGUAAUCAUAGAACAAAACCCACAAAUACAUGUAAUUAGAUAGAUAGACAUGAUAUAUAUAUAUAUAUAUAUAUAUAUAUAUAUAUAUAUAUAUAUAUAAGAGAUUUAUCUCCAUUGAUGGAGCAUCAGACUCGGCAAAAUCAGAAAAAAAAAUUUGGAGUACCUUCAAUGGUGCAAAUCAGACCGCCUACUCAGAGGGUGGAUAAUCGGCACCCUCGCUGAGCCUUGUCGUCAGGAUGGACUCCGCUCAUCAUGUAUGGAUGGCACUCAAAUCUGCAUAUGCACAUGAUUCACAAGAACGUGAAUUUCAUCUUACCCAGCAACACAUACCUCAAAAAGGACUCAACCACACCACUUGCAGAACAUCUCCGCAUCUUCAAAAAUUUGUGUGAUAAUUUGGCUUCAAUCGGACGGCCAGUUGCAGACAAGAUGAAGGUGUUCUCACUCUUGAACGGCCUUGGAGCUCAAUACGAACCAUUCACCACCACAAUGCUAAAGCCUCCCAUGCCUUCAUACACCGAAAUCAUCCCAUUACUUCAAGGGUAUGAGAUCCUCACAACACUCCAUGAAAUUAAUCCUACUUUUGCUUUCUAUGGUCAGCAGACAGGGACGUCGAUCUUCAAUGACCAUUGUGGUGGUGGCCGUGGUGAUGGCCGUGCGCAGCCAAGGAGCUUCACCUCACGGGGGCAAGGGUUUCACCCUACCAGUUACACAAGACGUGAAAGAGAUCCUUCGUAUGAAAGUGGCUCUUCUCACGGGCCUUCUACAUAUUCACGGGCCACUUCACAUGACCCUCUUCAACACAUGAGCACUGGCUGCUAUGACAUUAGAUCAUUUGUCUCCUGAAAAUUAAUGGAUUGCAGACACUGGAACAUCUGCCCAUAUGACAGGUAACUCAGGUAUGCUUGAAAAUUUACGUCGAUAUUUUGGUACUGAUGCUGUCAUUAUUGGCGACAGUAGUUCACAUGCUAUUACGCAUAUCAGUGAUACUUACAUAAAUAAUGGUUCCACUCGAAUUAAAUUACGUGAUGUUCUUUUAGCACCAACACUAGCAAAAAAUCUUUUAUCUGUUGGACAACUUACCAAUGAUUAUCCCUAUAACUGUGAAUUUUAUGGUAGUCAUUUUGUUGUAAAGGAACGGGAGACCAACCACGUCAUCAUGAGUGGGCGACGAAAUGGUAACCUCUACUCUUUAUCUGCUCCUUACAAAGCACACUUCUCAACUUACUUUCGGACUGUUUCUGAAAAUGUGUAGCAUCAGCGUUUGGGACAUCCUCAGGCCUCUGCUAUCCACGUCCUUAAAUCCAAAAGACUUUUUCAAAUUUCUAGCACCAAUAAAACAAUGUCUAUUUGUGAAAGUUGUCAGUUAGGCAAACUAAGCAAAUUUCCUUUUUAUCCUCUACUAGUUUAACUCAUACUAUUUUUUGUAAAGUUUAUUGUGAUUUAUGGGGUCCUGCCCCUGUUGUUUC